AUGAUACGGGACAAGGCAACUGUGUGCCGUGUCAUACAUUGCGUGGCUGACCUCAUCGCCAGCAAGUCAGAUAUGUUCAUUCGAUGGCCUGACCAAGCUGAGCAGGAUAGGACGAAAGCGGCGUUCAGGGAUGUGGCUGGAUUUCCUUGUGUCAUCGGACUCAUUGAUGGAACCCAUGUAAGAGUGAUGAAACCCAGUAAAGAGCAGGAGAGGAGAUUUAUCAACCGUAAGGGGUUUCCAUCAAUCAAUAUGAUGGCGGUUUGUGAUGAAACAGGGAAGUUUAUGUCCAUCAAUGCCGUCUGGCCAGGGUCUGCUCAUGACAGCUUUGUAUUUAAGCCAUCUGCCUUGGGGGUACACCUGGAGACACAGCAUCGCGGCCUUGAAGAUGGUAUCCUUCUCGGAGAUAGUGGGUAUGCAUGUGCCAGAUAUCUUUUGACGCCAUUCAGGACAGCGGACACAGAUAGAAAAGCUGCCUAUAACAGAGCACACUGCCGAACUCGUGUCAUUGUGGAAUCCACAUUCGGGAGAUGGAAAAGGCGCUUCGGCAUACUCCAUGGCGAGGUACGACUAGUCCCUGAAAAGGCAUCAAAGAUUAUCAUGGCAUGCGCUGUUCUGCACAACAUCGCGAUUAUUCUUGGGGAACCUGAGGUAGAAGGAGAUGAAGUUGGGCUGGAUGGAAAUGUUGGACAACAGUUCAUCGGACGAGAGACUGGCUUUCACACCAGAGAAUACAUUGUGCAACAAUACUUUUAA